AUGGCACUCAAGACAACAACAAUGACUUCUACUACCGUCUUUGUCACCUCUGCCGAGUGGGACGCCCAGGUCAACGCCACCGAGUCCAUCCGUCGUGAGUCGUCUCGUACCCCUGAAUCCUCCGACAAGACCUUCUCUUCUACUUCCGGGUCCGAGGCACAACAGCAACAAGAGGCCGAGUCCCAGUCGAAUGAUGCUGAGUACGAUAUUAACCAAGACCGCCAGUUCCAAAAGUUCAUGCGUCGUUUUGGUGGCAAGCGCAAGUCGCGCUAA